AUGGGAGAUGCUGCCAAUAACUCGAUUGGCUUUGCCACAUACCAGCUCCAAGAUAAUUCCGAUCGACAAUCAAACGAUCUUGCAUCCAUUAUCCUUUUCUUUUCUGUCAUUUUCAUUAUUGUUGCUUCCUUCAUCUUUUAUUUUUGGAUUACUCGAUGGCACAAGGUUCCUCCACAACAAAGACGUGAUAAAGAACUCGAAGACCAAAAGGAGAUUGAUCAGCUGGUCGAGAAUUUCAGACAGCAGGUCGCCACUGUAUUUCAUCUUCCUCUCUUGACACUCGCCAUCGCCUUAUGGAGACGCCAUCGACAACCCAUUUCUCACGAACAUCGUCGCAUUCUUACAUACAAGCUCUAUCACUUGCUCUCCUUUGCAUUCCUGGUUGCCAUCGUCGUUGCUCUCGCCAUUCUCAUUGGAACCACCACGAACGCUGCAUCCUCCAACGACACCAACACUAGUCGCAUUCUACAAGCUGCCCUUUUCGUCUUUGUUCUCAGUAUCAAUUUGUAUCUCAUCACUCGCCAAAGAUGCUACUACAAGGAACGCAAGGAACUCUUUGGCAGCACUGACGCCCAUAUGCAUGCUGUAUACAAGACGCGCUUCGACGAUUGGAAUGCACGAAUGUGGUCCAACUGGGUCCAGAUUGCUAUCCUCAUCAUUGAGUUCUUUCAACUGUUGGCGUUUCCGUUACGUGACCUUAUCACUGUCAAUUCGUUCAGCAAUGAGGGAGCAGGGAGCGACGACGAGCAACAAAGGAAUAAUCAGCUACGCUUUUUCGAGUUUGUCAGCAUCAUCAUGAACGUGGGUGGAUUUAUGCCUGAUAUGCGAACGCCUACAUGGUAUACAUACUCGUUGUGGACCGUAUACGCUGUUGUUAUCCUCGGGUUGAUCAUUGCUGUGUUUGUGAAUGGCAUCAAUGCAUGGCGACCUUAUAAGAUCCCGAAUCGCUGGGUUUAUUGGUGUAUUCCUGUUACGACUCUGCUCUAUAUCCCUUUACUCACCACCUUUGUCAGCUCGGCAGCAUGUCAAUCCCUCAAUGUCAGCACCAACGAUUUUGCAACGUCAUUACGAUGCUAUUCUCCAAGUAUAUCUCAACAGCUGUAUCUGUGGAUGUCGCUUGCUGGAUAUGUGGUGGCCUAUUUUCUCUUGACAAUCUUUGUUUCAAGCUACGAGCGUGUUCCAGAGCACAAUGAAAUUGCCUUCAAGUCUAUUAGUGUGGCAUUUAUAAAGAACAUGGGCCUCUUGUUGACAAUUGUAUAUCUACUUGUGGAAACGACCACCAACAGAAACCGGAUGCGGGCAAUCCUAUCUAUUACAAUAUUGCUGACGAUGAUAUGUUACAACAUCAAAACUCGGCCUUGCUAUGUGGAUAAGAUUAACUUUUUCCGGACGGCAUCGUUCAGCUGCAUCCUGUGGACAUCGGUGCUUGUGGCCAUCUUGAGUGAUACGAAUGCAGCAGGUUUACUGGGACCUUUGGCAGUAUUAUGUAUCAUUGUGGGCGGCUGGGGAAUGAUCAUUGCCUUAUAUUUGCUGGUCUACUUUGCCUAUUACAAGCAGCCAAUUGAGUAUUAUUACGAAGAGGAGCAACGCAGCAUACGCCAAGCUCGGCAACAUUCAACGUUUACCGGCUCUAUAUCAAUGAGAUCAGCACAUAUGGUGGACAUGGGCUCUUCGAAUGGCAGCAUCAGGAGUGGGAAUACCAAGACGCCGCAGGACACGACUCUCACAAGGAUAUCAAAAUGGCUGUGGCAAAGAUAG